AUGGCGUGCAAUAGCAUUGAUCUCAUGGUGUCCGAAUCCGAUCUCCCAGUACGCAGAGAUCUACUGAAGCCUCUUGAAUUCGAUCCGACAAACCUCAAGGCCAUGAAACGAAUCGCAGACGAGCUGGUAAUGAUGGAAAGGUUGGAUAUCUUGAUCAACAUCACGGACUCGGGGCUGGAGAGCGAGGACACAGAGAUCAGAGGCAUAUCGUCACACAUGCUGAUCAAUCAUCUGGGUCCGAUGAUAUUCACGACCACUCUACUUCCGCUGCUCAAAAAGACCACUCUGACCUUUGAUGAAAAUGUUGGUUGCCCGGAUGUGCGUAUCGUCAACGUGAACAGCACCGCGCACGUGGACGCCCCAGCAUCUUGUCGAUUCUCAAGUCUCUACGACCUCAACCAAAUCUUUCCACACGACGAUAACGGCGAAGCCUAUUCCCGCUACGCACAUUCGAAGUUUGCAAACGCGCUCUUCAGCAUCGAAUUGCAACGCCGACUCAACGCACAGCGCGUCCCCAUCAUCGUAACGUUCCCGCACCCCGGCGCUAUAUGCACGGUUGAUUGUAAUCGUUUCCUCGCGAUAGGCGAGGAUAAGCUCAAGGAUCGGACACUGAAUCGCGUUGAAGGUGCUUUGACGCCGUUGUUCUGCGCGGUACAUCCACGGGUGCGGGAGCAGGAGUGGAAUUGGAAGGGCAAGUAUGUGUUGCCGUUUGGUGGGAUCAAAGACGGGAACAUACGGCUCAAUAACCAGAAGCUGUGGACGGAGUGUUGGAACGGGAGUAUGAGUGUCAUUGAGGACGCCUUGAAGGCGGAUUAG